CUUGGUGCCAACUGAGCCGACAUAUGAACAACUAUACACUCUAGGACUGGAAACAAGCUCAGAGGCAGUUCAGCAUCUGCCAGCAUGGAAAUGCUGCCACCCCCAAGCAUGAACUUGUGCUUUGUGUCAGAACAAACUCAGCAGCCUCAUAUGAAAUUUUCUGAAUGGAAAUUCAAACUGUUCAAAGUGAGACCCCUUGGAAAGCCACUUCCUGAAGACAGUCAUCUGGCUAAUAGCAAUAAAGGAGAAGUGGCAGCCUCUCUGGACAAAGUCACUGAAAAUCAGGCUGAAGUGUCAACUCUACCUGCAGAAGUAUGUUCUGAAACAGAUACUGAAUUGAACAAAAGCAUACAGACAAUAAAUAAAGACACUUUUCCUCUGAGCCAAAAAGAGACUGAAAAUCAUCAGACAAACCUUCAGAAACUCUGUCGCAUUUGUGGAGGUUCAUUUAAAAGUGACCCUUACAAGAGAAGUUACCCAGUCCACGGACCAGUAGAUGAUGAUACACAAGCCCUUCUCAGAAAGAAGGAGAAAAGGGCUACAUCCUGGCCAGAUCUCCUUGCCAAAGUGUUCAAAAUUGAUGUUAGAGGAGACAUUGACACCAUCCACCCUACUAAUUUUUGCCACAACUGCUGGAAUGUGAUUCAAAGGAAAUUCAGCAAUUCCCCAAGUGAGGUAUUUUUUCCAAGGAAAGGCACCAUGGAGUGGCACCCCCAUUCAUCGAGCUGUGAUGUCUGUGGCACUUCUUUCCAUGGGAUAAAGAGAAAGAAGCGAUCUCUGAAUCCACAGUUGAGCAAAAAGCCAAGGAUUGUAGCUGGAAGUACUAGAAAAGUAAGGCCUGUGAGGAAUGUAAAACAAGUGAGCAACAAAGCUGUAAUGAAAAGGAUUGCCAGUUGCAACAAAAUCCACCUCAGUACCAAGAUUCUCGCGGUAGACUAUCCUGUGGACUUUGUAAAGUCAGUCUCUUGCCAGGUCUGUGAGCACAUCCUAGCUGAUCCUGUAGAAACAACAUGCAAGCACUUAUUCUGCAGGGCCUGCAUCCUUAAAUGCAUCAAAGCAAUGGGAAGCUACUGCCCAGCCUGUCGCUAUCCUUGUUUUCCUACAGAUCUGGUGAGCCCCGUGAAAUCCUUCAUGAACAUCCUCAACAAUCUGAUCCUGAGAUGUCCUGUUAAAGAUUGCCAGGAGGAGGUUGUUUUGGGAAAAUAUGCCCACCAUUUUUCUAGCCACAAAGAGGCAGAAGAAAAAGAGGGCUAUGCCUAUAUAAACAAAGGGGGUCGACCAAGACAACACCUACUUUCACUCACCCGGAGAGCUCAAAAACACCGCCUAAGAGAACUCAAACUCCAAGUAAAAGCUUUUGCUGAGAAAGAAGAAGGAGGAGAUGUGAAAUCAGUGUGCUUAACUUUGUUCCUAUUGGCUCUGAGAGCUAGAAAUGAGCACCGCCAAGCUGACGAGCUGGAAGCUAUCAUGCAAGGGAAGGGAUCAGGCCUCCACCCAGCUGUUUGCUUGGCAAUCCGAGUCAACACUUUUCUCAGCUGUAGCCAAUACCAUAAAAUGUACAGGACUGUGAAAGCCAUAACAGGAAGACAGAUCUUUCAGCCAUUGCAUGCCCUCCGAACUGCUGAAAAGGCCCUUCUGCCAGGUUACCAUCCAUUUGAGUGGAAACCACCCUUGAAAAAUGUGUCCAGUAACACAGAUGUAGGCAUUAUCGACGGGCUUUCGGGCAUACAGCAUUUGGUUGAUGACUAUCCUGUAGAUACAAUUGCAAAGAGAUUUCGGUAUGAUGUAGCUUUGGUUUCUGCCCUGAUGGACAUGGAAGAAGACAUUAUAGAAGGGCUGAAAUCUCAGGACUUCGAUGACUAUUUGAAAGGCCCUUUCACUGUGGUGAUUAAGGAGUCCUGUGAUGGAAUGGGAGAUGUCAGUGAGAAGCAUGGUUGUGGUCCUGCAGUCCCUGAGAAGGCAGUUAGAUUCUCUUUCACACUUAUGAGUAUCUCUGUCGCUCAUGGUGAUGCAAAUGUAAAGAUUUUUGAAGAAAAUAAGCCCAACUCUGAACUGUGUUGCAAACCUUUGUGCCUUAUGCUGGCUGAUGAAUCAGACCAUGAGACGCUCACAGCCAUCUUGAGCCCUCUUGUAGCAGAAAGAGAGGCCAUGAAAAGUAGCGAACUGAUACUUGAUAUGGCUGGAAUUCCAAGAAUGUUCAAAUUCAUCUUUAGGGGUACUGGAUAUGAUGAAAAACUUGUCCGUGAAGUAGAAGGCCUAGAAGCUUCAGGCUCUACUUACAUUUGUACUCUGUGUGACACAACACGUCAGGAGGCCUCUCAGAACUUGAUACUUCACUCCAUAACAAGGAGUCAUGCUGAAAACCUGGAACGCUAUGAGGUAUGGAGAUCAAAUCCCUACCAUGAAACUGUUGACGAACUACGCGACAGAGUGAAGGGAGUUUCUGCCAAGCCAUUUAUUGAGACAGUUCCUUCGAUAGAUGCUUUGCAUUGUGAUAUUGGCAAUGCAGCAGAGUUUUACAAGAUAUUCCAGUUUGAAAUUGGUGAAGUGUACAAAAACCCUGAUGCAUCAAAAGAAGAAAGAAAGAGAUGGCAGUCAACCCUUGAUAAACAUCUCAGGAAGAAGAUGAACUUGAAACCUAUGAUAAGGAUGAAUGGAAAUUUUGCUAGAAAGCUCAUGACCAUGGAGACUGUGCAAGCAGUUUGUGAAUUAAUAAAAUGUGAGGAGAGACAUGAAGCCCUCAGAGAGCUCAUGGACCUUUAUCUUAAGAUGAAACCAGUUUGGCGGUCUUCAUGUCCCAUGAAAGAAUGUCCAGAGCUAGUAUGUCAAUAUAGUUUCAAUUCUCAGCGUUUUGCAGAAUUGCUGUCUACAAAAUUUCGUUACAGAUAUGAGGGCAAGAUUACCAAUUACUUUCACAAAACCCUUGCUCAUGUUCCAGAAAUUAUAGAAAGAGAUGGCUCCAUUGGUGCUUGGGCAAGCGAGGGAAAUGAGUCUGGGAACAAACUUUUCCGACGUUUUCGGAAAAUGAACGCCAGACAGUCUAAAUGCUAUGAAAUGGAAGAUGUCUUAAAACACCAUUGGCUGUAUACAUCAAAACAUUUGCAGAAGUUUAUGAACGCUCAUAAUACGUUGAAAAAUCAGGGGUUCACCAUCAGUCCAGAGGAAAGUGAAAGCAAUUUCAUGACUUUGGAUGACUCUUUGGAGAUUACUGAUUCCAUGGAAUUCUAAGGCGAACAAA